AAUCCACCUUCGAGUGGACAAUCAAACUCGGUCGACCAUGGUAAACACCACCUCGACACCUCAACACCCCUGGCCCCAUUCCCUACCCGACCAAGCUACCCCGCUCCUCUCCUUUUACUCUCACCACCUCUCGCUCUAUGCCGACUUGCGCGGGUUCAUAGAAGGGCGAGCACAGCUAGAACGAGAGUAUGCGGUCAAGUUGAAGGGGAUGGUAGGGAAAUUGAGGGAGAAGGAACUUAAGGAGCGCAAGGUUGUGUUGUUGACUGUCGGGGAGGAGAGUAGUCGAGGGUGGGAAGAGGGGUUGGAGAUGAGAAACACCCUCCUAUCCUCCCUCCACACCCACCUCACAACCCUCACCAACAUAGCCGACGAACACCUCCGAUUAGCCGACUCCCUCCAAUCUCAAGUGAUCGACGAACUACGCAAGUCUGGCGAGAAGAAAGAGGCCGGGAGGAAGAAGGUUGUCGGGUGGGUUGAGGGGUUGGAGGGGGAGAGGGAGGAAAAGGAGGGGGAGGUUAGGAGGUGGGAGGGGAAGUACCACCAAGCAUGCACAGACCUAGAGACCGCCAGGCUCAAACAUUCCCGCGCGCCCAGGGACGAUAAACACCUACCCCGACUGCUCAAGUCGUACAGGACAGCGCUUGUGGCGAAGAACAACGCUAGGAACAAUUAUGUGAUCGCUUUGGGGGUCGGGAAUCGGGACAAGGAGGUUUUUUAUGAUCGGACCGAGAGGAAGGGCUUGGGAGAGGGAGCAGGAGGACCAGGAGGGGAAACGGGUACGGCGGACCCCCUAGUGACCCCCUUCGGACCCGGUAUAGCCCGACCUCAAGCGGAAAUCCAGACGCUCUUCCACACCUCGACCCUCCGGCUCAACUCGCUCCUCUCCCACUCAUCGACGGUCUAUUCCCACUUUUACACCGCCCAAGCGACCUACGCCCAAUCGAUCGUCGAAGCUCACAGGAAAGUCGACCCGGCCAAAGACGCCGAUCUGUACGCGGAAUGGAAUCUGAGGCCAAAGUUGGAAGAAGCCCCGGUACUGAGGGUGUUUGAACCUUGUCCGGGGUUCUUGGAGGAGGGGGUGAUCACCCUCGGUGGCGGGGAUCAGUUGGGCUUCGACGAACCUGGGGGGAAGGCCGGUUUAGGACCCGCGCCGACGAAUUGUCCCAACGGGAGUCACAAAGGGGAAGAAGUCGUCGUCCUCCAGAACAAGCUGGCUGUAGCCAGAGAGAGCCGGACGAGGUUGAACGGGCUGUGUGUCGGCUGGAGAGGAGAGAUCAGGAGGGGCAGGGGGGUGGUACAGGCCUACGAGGAGAAUAGGGGGCUGGGGGAUCCGGAUGAGAUCGUCGAGGCGAUGAUGAUCACCCUGAAAGACUUGUCGUUGGCCGAACUCAGGAUCGAAGCGCUGGACGUCGAGAUUGGUUUGUUGGAACGAGCUCUUGGAGACGACCAGGGAGCGCAGAAACCGCAUGAUUUUAGAAACGCUUCGUUUGCGAUUCCUACGCCUUGCGAGUAUUGCAAGUCCUCCAUCUGGGGCAUCACGAAACCUGGAUCGACGUGUAGAAAGUGUGGAUCCAACGUGCAUGUCAAGUGCGCGAACAAGGUCCCUGCCGAAUGUACCGGAGGCUCGUCUAUGACGACGGCCUCGGAUCGGCGGAGGUCGUACAUGUUCCCCCGUAAAGAAUCCUCGACGUCGCAGAGCAUUUCCGACCUCGCUUCGAUCGCCUCGACGAUCAAGGACAAGGAGGAAAGCUCUCUCCGGGCCAUACGGCGGUCCUUCACCUCGCGCUUACACUCGAGCGAUUCGUCCAGCAGUAACGCCCCGCCUCCAGGGUUGAGCCCGCUGGCGAUGGCCACGCCGGUCUUGCCUCCGCCGCACAGGAUGACGGAUAUGGACAACCUGGACACGACAGGAAUCGUCGGGAUGGGAAGCAAUGGGAGCAGACUACAUUCGUCGGCCUCUCAACCGGUCUUGACAUCGCCUAUACAGAGGGAGGCGGGUACGGGAAGGAGGAUCUCGAUGUUUGGCGCGCCGACGGGUGGGGUCGUGUCUCCAGGAGGCUCACCCAUGAGACGCAGGAGUGGAGACAUGCUAGGCGGGCCUUCAAGAGGUUCGCCGGGCGGUUCACCUGUUAUCGAGGAAGAGGUAGGGGGACUUGAUCCGUCUUACAGGAUGAACGGGACUCGAUCGAUGGACCCGAGUCCGAAUGGAACUCCUGGAGGCUUGCCGAGAGCCAAGGUCUUGUUCGAUUUUGAAGCGGCGGAUGAUGACGAGUUGACGGUCGAGAAGGGAGCGAUGGUUCACGUUAUCGAACCGGAUGACGGGCAAGGGUGGAUCAAGGUCCGGCUAGAAGUCCAAGGAGACUCUCUCGAGGGACUCGUGCCGGCUGGGUACGUAGAGUUGCUCCCAACGGGUUCGACAACGCCACAAUACCGCCCGCAAGUGGCGACCCAUGUCUCACCGGCCGUCUCCCCGGUCGCACAACCCGUCACGCAUCAUAUGUCUCCGGUCUCGAGUCCAGUGAGACACAUCGCUUCGCCUGGAUUCCCUUUCAACCCGCCAACCAUGCCUGGGAGCUACUCGCCCUCUUCACCGCCUGUACCGCCGUUGCAAUCCCGGCCGAGCAUACCUAUCCAAAGCGCUUUCGGUCAAGUCACGGCGCUUUACGACUAUACAGCAGCAGAAUCGGACGAGUUUGCGCUGAAGAAGGGUGUCACCUACAACUUGUCGAGGAGAGGCACGUCUUACGAUGCCGGAUGGUGGGAGUUGAGCUACGACGAUGGGCGGACAGGGAUCGCCCCGUCGAAUUACUUGCGCAGGGUUUGAUUUCGGUAGUCGGAAAGGUUUCACCAACAGAGUUUUAUGAUUCGACGUUGUAUCUAUAGAGAAGUGCGAAUAUACCCUGUCCAUGGAAUUGUACUGGAAAAACUACAAGAUCGACCGGCUCGUUUCUAAUGCCGAUACAGAAGCUGUACACCC